CGAGUGAAGAAUUUCCGAAUUCUCAGGCUCUGUGAUUUUCCAUCCAGUAAAAAUUCCCAUCAUGGAACUCCAGGAGAUGUUCCGUUAUGGAUACAUGUUCCCACCGAGGGAAGACGAGGUCGUGUCCUGUACGUACCUGGACCUACCGAGCUACACCUACUCGAAGAGCAAGGCCGACCUUCCACCCGUCAGCACUAUCAGCAUACCGCAGUGCAUCGUGUACGACGGUAGCCGCAGCGACGGCUGGCACACGCCGAGUCCAACCGCGAGUCUACGAUCGGUUAGUCCCGCCACAACUUUGUCCAUAUCGUCCGAGCCUGACACGAUAAGCAGUACUCCAGUUACCUACCGUUUACUAGGCUCGAUGGAGGAACUGAACAAGAGGUACGGCACGAAGAGGAGCCUCGUUGCCAUUAACAACGAGGCAACGCAACACGCUGUGAACAUGAUAGAUCUGACCGAGGAGGUGAACAGCAUGGACGCGGACACCGAUGGAACAGCGGAUCCGGAGGCCGAGACCGAGCACGAGAAGGCGCAGUCGUCCCGCGGCAGCGUCAUCAGCAACGCCAGCAGCUUCUCGGACAGAAUAGUGGACGCUGACAGCGAGGACGACGCCGAGAUGAGCGACAGCCCCGAUCACAUUGGAUCCGGAGUCGACGGCGGCGGGAACAAUCGGAACGCGGUCCGAAGAAGGGGUAAAUACGUUAGCUCGACGAUCGUGAAGAAACGGAGGCUGGCGGCGAACGCCAGGGAACGGAGGAGGAUGCAGAAUCUGAACAAAGCGUUCGAUAGACUGAGAGCGUAUCUUCCGUCUUUGGGCAACGACCGGCAGCUCUCGAAAUACGAAACGCUUCAGAUGGCACAGUCUUACAUCACCGCUUUGUACGAUCUUCUGCAAUAA